AUGACUUCUUCAAGUCUUCUGCUCAGCCUAAUCCUAGUAGUCUCUCUUCUCCAUUUCACCUCAGCAUCAAGAAAACUAACACAAAACAACCAACAACUAAAAUUUCAAUACCACAAAGGCCCUCUUCUAACCGGAAAAAUCUCCAUCAAUCUCAUCUGGUACGGUAAAUUCAAACCUUCCCAACGAGCCAUAAUCUCCGACUUCAUCACUUCCAUUACCUCACCAACCCUCACAGCCCAACCAUCAGUCGCCACGUGGUGGAAAUUCACCGACAAAUACUACCACCUUGCAAACUCACAAAACAUCGUCCUCACAACAGGUUCACACUUCCUAGACGAGAAUUACUCAUUCGGAAAAUCACUAACCAAUGAUCAUAUCAUAAAGCUAGCAUCCAACGGCUCACAAACAAACGCCAUCAACGUGGUUCUUACUUCCGCCGACGUCGCAGUUGAUGGGUUUUGCUCCAGUAGGUGUGGGACUCACGGUUCUUCGGUGAAUACCAAAUUCGCGUACGUGUGGGUGGGUAAUUCGGAAACACAGUGUCCGGGUCAAUGUGCGUGGCCUUUUCAUCAACCUAUCUACGGGCCACAAAGCCCGCCGUUAAUUGCUCCAAACAACGACGUGGGUCUUGACGGCAUGGUGAUCAACGUGGCUAGUUUGUUGGCUGGGACGGUUACGAACCCAUUUGGUAAUGGUUACUAUCAAGGGCCCAAAGAAGCACCUCUUGAAGCUGGUUCUGCUUGUGCUGGAGUGUAUGGUAAGGGGGCUUACCCGGGUUACGCUGGGAACCUCUUGGUGGACCCCACAAGUGGUGCUAGCUAUAAUGCUAAUGGUGUCAAUGGAAGGAAGUAUUUGUUGCCCGCACUCUUUGACCCGACUACCUCGGAGUGUUCUACUCUAGAAUAA